CUUAAUAAGAUUGGCUAGUAAAAUGACUCCCAUGUUCCAAGUUAGGGAAAUCCAACCGUUAUUUUCUGUUUUAUUAGAAAAGAUAAAUGUAAUACCUGUAAAGAUAUUAAAUAUAUUAGUAGAGGAUACACCCGCUGCUCAAUACUUUUACGAGAUAACAUGUCUAAAUGUAAAAAGGAAAAUUUGGGUAAUGUGGGCCCAAAAAUUUUAUGAAGAAAUUGAACAGUUGGUUGAAGAAAUUAUUAUUCAUAUGAAAUUAAAUGAUAAUCAUGAAUACAUAAAUAAUUUAAUAAAUAAAAUUAUAGAUUUUAUUGGAGAUGGUACAGAAAAAUAUUACUUAUAUAAUUUAUGUAUACAUAUUAUAAGAUUGAAAUCUGUAAAUACAAUAUUAAAUCAUAAUGAAUACCUUUCAUCUAAUCAUUAUAAUGAUAAUCUUAAAUAUGAUGAACAUCAUAAUAUUACCAUGACAAAUCAAACUAAUAAUAUUAACAAAAUUUCGAAAAAUAUUGAUAUAUAUAAUAAUAUAAUUAUAAAUGAUAAAAAAAAUAAAGAACCAAAUAAAAACUAUUUAAAGUUAAAUUUAAAUUUUAACAAUAUAUUAGAAAAUCAAGAUCUACAACAAAAACUUAUCAAAUUACAAUCAUGUUUUGAUAAUAUCAUGAAUAAUAAUAAUAAUAAUAAUAAUAAUAAAGAAAGUGAUGAUCAGAAAGAAAAGAUAUAUAGUAAAGAAAAUACUCCAUAUUAUUUACGACUUCACGAAUAUUAUCACAAUAGUACUUCAUUUAAAUAUUUAAAGAAAAGAAAAAAUGAAAAAUAUGGAAAAGAUAUAAAUAUAAUAAACCAUGAAAAGAUAUUAUUAAAUAAAAUGGAAAGGGAGACCGAUCCUAUGCGUCUUAUUAAAAAUCCACAGUAUAUUCAUAAAGAGGACAAAAUAUGCAAGAGAAUUUUAUAUCAAAAUAGGGAUGACAAUAGCGUUAAAAAAAUAAAAUAUAACAUGAAUGAUAAGGAUGAAAAUAAUGAGUUGGAAAAUAUAGUAUAUAUGGAAAGAAAUAAAAUUGAAGAGAAAACAAAGGAUUCCCUUGUUAAAGGUAAGGAGAAUGUAGAAGAGGACCACCUUGAAAAUAUUACAAAAAAAAAUAUGAAUAAUAAUAAUAAUAAUAAUAACAUAAGUCAUAGUAAUAUAUGCAAUAACAAUAUUACAGAUACAAAAGAGGAAUUUCAAAAAACACGUAAAAUUAAAACCAAUAACAAUACAUAUUAUGAUAAAAAAAACUGCUUACCCUUUGAUAAUAUGUUCUAUAGUAAAUUACGCCUACUUUUGUGCAUACAAUAUAAAGAGAAAUAUAAUGUUGCUGAUAACGAAAUGAUAAAGAUAGACAGAUAUUUUUAUUUUAUGGAAUUUAUUAAUAAUAUUAUUAAAGAUGGAAUAGUAAAUUUUAUAGAUGAAUUUAAAACAAAAGAAAUAAUAAAAAAAAUGCAAUAUAAUUUUAAAAUUACAAAUAUCGAUGAUCUAUAUGAAUAUUCUUUAUUACUCAAUAAUAUACAAUUAAAAUUUUCUAUUAUUGAAGGAAUAUGUUUCAAUUUUCAUAAAAAUAAUUUUGAUAUGAUAACACAAAAAUGUAAUGUACACUUUUGGAUAUCAUUAUUUUAUUUCGGUAUUUACAAUAACUUCUUCUCAUUAAUUAAAUAUGCUAUCGAUAAAAGUGAAUCCAUCGGUAAAAAAAAGAAAGAUAUAAAAAAAGAUCAGAAUGACAGACAUAUAACUAAGGGGGAAGUGGAUUCAGAUAUAAAUGCACAUGUUUAUAAUGAGAUAAUACACACUGAGGAAGAAAAAGAUUAUUAUGAAAAUAAAGAAAAUGUUCAUCAGGAAGUAAAGCUACAAAAUGAUAUCAAUGAAAUACACGAGGAGGAGCAAAAUGAAUAUGCUGAUAAGGAUGAAAUUGUAAGAGAUAAACAUUUGAAUAAUUGCCAAGAUGAAAAAGAUGUUCAACAUUUACAUAUAUAUGAAUUUUAUGAAAAUGGUCAAUAUUAUCAAAAUUAUGAUGAUGGUAUGAAAUUUUUUGAGGAGAAGGAGGAACCUGAUAGAAAGGAUGAAUGUGAUGAAAAUAAAAAUGAUGAUGAAGAGGAAGAUGAAGAGGAAGAUGAAGAAGAAGAUGAAGAGGAAGAUGAAGAGGAAGAUGAAGAGGAAGAUGACGAAGAAGAUGAAGAGGAAGAUGACGAAGAAGAUGAAGAGGAAGAUGACGAAGAAAGUGACGACGAUGAAGAAGACGACGAAGAAAAUGACGACGAUGAUUAUAAUGGUGCUUACAAUAAUACUUAUAAUGAUACUUAUAAUGAUGAUGAUGACUAUAAUAAUAUAUAUCAUGAAUAUAAUAAAGAACACCCUAAAAAAAUAAGUAAUGGUGGUAAUAAUAAAAAAUAUGGUCAUGUAUUUCCUAAGGUUUAUCCACAUCAUCCAAUUUAUAAUGAUUAUAAUGAAAGAAAUAAUUAUUAUGAAACUCAAGAGAACGAGGACACAUGGAAAAAUCAAAAGCAUAAAGGUAUAAAUGAACAUGAAAAUGAUUCGCAUGAAGAAAAAGAACAAUAUAUAUAUAACAAGGAAUUAUAUGAAAAAAUAAAAAAAAAAAAAAAAGGAAAAAAUAUGAAUAAGGAAAUAUAUUAUAAAAAAAAUUUAAAGGAAGAAUGUAUGGGAAAUGACCAAAACAGGAACAAUAAUAAUGAUAAUAAUAAUAAUAAUAAUUAUAAUAAUAUUCAUGAUAUAAAAAAUGAUAAAUACAAAUUAUUUUUUAAUUUUUGUAAGGAUAGUUAUUUGAAAAUUCCGAUAAUAAAUAUACUAAGAUAUAUAGUAAUAUCAAAUGAUAUUCCAAAUGAAUUUUUUUCAUUUUUUGACUUUUUUAAAGAAGAUAAUAUAGAAGAAUUAAAAUCAAUAAAAGAAAAAAAUAGUGUAUUGUUAUUAUCUGCUUUGUUAAAUAUACCACAACUUGAUUAUAUAAAAGUAAAAAAUUUUCUUUCUAUUAUUGAAGAAUUUUUUUACCUUGAGAAAAAAAAAAAAACCAAAAAUGUACAGAGUGAUAAUAAUAAUAAUAAUAUGAGAGACAAUUUUCAUAAUAGGUAUUCAACUGAAAUGAUUAAUGUGGAAGAAGGGAAAAAUUACUUACCAAAUGAAAUCUGCUUAGAUAACAAUAAUAUAAGGGACAUUCAAAUAUCAGCCGAAGAUUUAGAAUAUAGUGAUAAUAACCAUGUAGACAGUGGUUAUGAUAGUGACAUUAAUAGUAAUAAGUAUAAUAGUAAUAAUAAUAAACAGCAGCCAAAAAUAAAUAACAAUAAUAGUAAUAAUUAUAAAAGUGAUAAUAUUAAUAAUAAUAAUAUUAAUAAUAAUAAUAAUAAUAAUAAUAAUAUUGAUAGUAAUAAUGUUAAAGAUAAUAUGGACAUAAAUAAUAAAGAUGCCAUUAAUCAAAAUGAUAUUAGAGCAUCGUUUCAAAUUUAUGAAAAUGUCAACCUAGAAUUUGAUAAGGAAAAAAUGUUUAAUGAACAGAAAGAAGAGAGUAUAAAAAAUAUAGAUAAUGGAAAUGUGCAUAGUUUAAAUAAUAAAUAUCUUUUUGAAAAAUUAGGAAGAAAAUUGAUAAAUACUAUAUAUAAUAUGAGUAAAGAAAUUAGUGAUAAUAAAUUUUUAAUAAAUAAUAAUAUAUGUUCAAUAUAUAUAUAUUUGAAUAAUUGUUGUAAGAAAAAAAAUAUGCAAAAACAAAAUAAUAUUUCUUUUUGGGAUAAAGAUAAAAAUAUACAUACUUCUUUUGAUGAAAAUUCAAUUUUUUAUAUGCCAAAAGAAAUGAACGAAAAAUUAUAUAAUUGUAAUAAUCUUGUUAAGAAAUAUUUUCCUUAUAUUUUGAAAAGUUCCUUUUUCAUUUUUAAUAUUUUAAAAAAAAAAAGAUUGAUACAUAUUUAUAUAAAAUAUAUGUAUUUAUAUGAAUAUUUAUACCAUAUGAUAUUAAAUAGAAUAUUAUAUAUCAGUACAAUCAAAUUCUAUCCUUUUCUACAAAAUAUUAUUUUAAAAGAAUUAAAUUAUUAUUUUCAUGAUUUCAAAAAUGUAACAAUAAAAAAUUUUUGGAAAUUUUAUUUAUAUGCACACACUUUAAUUCAUAUCAAUAAUUCAAAAAGUAUUUUAACAAAUAAAUUAUUUCAUAAUAAUGCCAUUCAAUAUUUUAUAAAGCUUUUUUAUUAUCUCUCAUUUUACAACCCUAUCUUUUCUAUCCUUUUUCUAAACCUCAUACGGACACCCCUAUUUCAUAAAAAUAUUGAAAAUAAAAGAUUGGAAAUUUUACAAAAUAUAUGGAAUGGAGCACAUGAAAGAUAUUUUUUAUUUUUUUCUAAAA